UGUUGAAGCUGGGAUGACAGCGCGCGGCCUCUGACAACUCCAAACACCAUAAACAAAGCUAAAAACCGGCUCGAUUUAAGUGUUUAUUAAUACAUGUAAAUACGGAAUAUACUUUAGAUCAGCGGAGGGACAAUGGGAGCUAACAACAGUACGCGGCGCGUGUCAUUUGAGUCAGACGAGAACGACAAUGUAACAGUGGUGAAGGGCAUCAGGCUUUCAGAGGACGUCAUCAACCGAAUGCGAGAACCUUCGAAGGCCCCUCGUCCACAGCCUGUUCCUCCUCCUCCAUUUGAUCCGAUCCCCACCUUUCCUCCUCCACCUGCUCCUCCUGCUCCAUCUCAAGAGACUGUAACACCACCACCUCCUCUUCCUCCUCCUCCUCAACCCGUGCAGGUAGAAGCACCCACCAUCAUUGACAUGGUGCUACCCUCAGCCUCCUUGCCCGUAGAUGUGCCUCCCGCUUUUGAGCCGACUACCACUCCUCCUCCCGCUGUUGAGCCGGCUGAAGUGACCGUUCCUCCUCCUCCUCCUCCUCCUCCUCCUCCUCCUCCUCAGUUGCCGGCCGAGUCAGAACCCUCUGUUCCUGUCCAGGAGGCCAGUCCAGUUGCACCAACAAUUGAUGAAGAAGCCCUGAAAAAAAGGAUCAGCGAUGAGCUGUACGAAGGCUUGGAGAAGCAGAGGGUCAAGGCGGAGCAAGACCUGCAAGCUUGGCUGGAGGCGGAAAAGUCCCGCGCAUCGGCCCAAUCUCAGGCCGAGGCCAAGCGUCACGUGGAGGACGAGGUGGCCCGCAUUCUGUCGGCCGAACGCGCCGUGGCCCAGGAGAGCAUCCAGCAGGCCGUCAUCAGGGAGCGCAUCGUCAGCGAAGACGAGAAGCUCCGCGUUCAGCUCUACGCUAAACAGCUGGAGGCUAAAGAGGCUGACCUAAGCAAGCAGGAUGCCUUCUACAGGGAGCAGGUGGCUCGACUGGAGGAGAGAAGUGCUCAGUUCUACAAGGUCACCACAGAGAACUACCAUAAAGCCGCUGAUCAAGUGAAUGCCAAGUUCAAACGCUACGACACAUACCCAGUAUGUGCUGACCUGCAGGGCCAGAUCCUCGCGUGCUACAAAGAAAACGCCGGCAAAACCCUCCAUUGCUCCAACAUAGCAGCCAUGUAUCUUCAGUGUGUCAACAAUGCUAAACAGAAAAAUAAGCAUGCGGCUUCAAGAAAAGACGACAUACCAAGUUGAGGACCGGCGGUUAAGGGAAUAACAAUGGUGGCACAAUCAAGAGUUUAUUGUGGGGAAGGAUUGAUUAUCGACUUAGGGGAAAAACUGCAGUAAGAUCAAGAAGAGAAGCAUGAAUCAGCACCGACCCUAAUAAAACUCGGAUCCAAAGGCAGUGACACUUUCCCGGUUUGAGGCCUUAGGAGUACCAGGAUGAUCCACCGGAAGCACUCAAUGGAAGAUAGCAAGCCAUACCUGAACUCCUCACGUUUUCCAGCACUCAUAGAAAAAGUAUGGUAACACUUAACAAUAAGGGUCCCUUAAUUAACAUUUGUUAAUGCAUUUUUAGACAAAAAUGUUUAGGUAACAUUAUAAUAAUUAAUAUAAUUGCUUAUCUAACAUUUGUUUAUAUAUUAAUUAACAUGAGUUAAAACAUUGGUUAUGCAUUAACUAAUGCAUUAAAUAGACAGUAACUAAUGGUUUGGUAAAAUAAAAAAAUAGGCCUAUAUUUGGUUAGGGUAAGGGUUUAGGGAUAGGUUUUUGUCAUAUAUAAUAAGGAUGAAUAUAAAAUUCAAUUGCACUGGCACAAGUUAUGGGAAGUAUAAGAAAUAUUAAUAUAUUUAUAAUAUAUUAAUAUAUACACAGGUCAUUUUUCUGUCAUGUUAGUGAGAGGGGAAGACAAAAGAAUAGGAACCCGCCAUAUUUUACAGACACUUACGGACACGGGUCAAGGCCAACUUGCUAUAUAGUAUAUACAGUGGGGAGAACAAGUAUUUGAUACACUGCCAAUUGGCAGUGUAUCAAAUACUUGUUAUCCCCACUGUAUAAUGCAUAUAUAUAUAUAUAUAUAUAUAUCUCACCAAUACAUUAUAUUUAUUAAUUAUACUAACACGUAUUAUCAUAAUAAUAAUAAUGAUAAUGUAUAGAUAUUCUACCAACUACUAAAUACAAUCCACAACCAUAUGGAUAGUUUUAUAACUAGCAUUGUAAUAAUUAGGCCACCAUACUUCAAAUCAUAAUAUAUAUAUAUAUAUAUAUAUAUAUAUAUAUAUAUAUACUGGACUGUCUCAGAAAAUUAGAAUACACAAUAUUCUAAUUUUUUGAGACAGUCCUGUGUAUAUAUACAGGACUGUCUCAGGAAAUUAGAAUACACAAUAUUCUAAUUUCCUGAGACAGUCAGGAAAUUAGAAUAUUGUGUAUUCUAAUUAGAAUAUUGUGUAUUCUAAUUUUCUGAGACAGUCCAGUAUAUCUCCAUAAAUUAAUUACAUAGCCCCAAUCUUUAAGUUUAGGGUUAAGUAUACUUAGGGUUAUUUAUGAUUAGGGUUUGUAUAAAUUAGGGUUAUAGCUAGAUCGGUAUAAUUAAGAAAAAGAAAAAGCCUUAAAAAAAAAUCCAAAUAUUCUCUCUGACCUCCCCCUCCCCAAGGGAUCCAAUUGGAUCCAGGGGUUGUGGUUAGGGUUAGGGUUUAGGAAUCGGGUUUGUUAAUGUAAGCAUAUAUAAUUUCUUAGUUAGGGGACACAUGUGCUACACUUUACAAGGGUUCAAAAAGCAUUCAGUAAUGGUUAAUAAAGGUCAGGGGGGGACUUAAGCAUUUAUAAUUUCUUAGUUAAGGGACCCAUGUGCUACACUUUACAAUAAGGGUCCAAAAAACAUUCAGUCAUGGUUAAUUACGGUUAAGUAAUACUUAUGAGGUACGUUCAAUUGAAAUAAUACCACACUUAAGGUUGGGUGAGCAGCACCCAAGGACUCACAGAGCAAUGUUUCUCAUUUUAAAAUAAUCACAUACUAGUACCAGUAUACAUUAAUAACUAUUUAUUAAUGCACUCAUGUAUAUGUGAAUUAAUGUUAAGUAAUGUACUAUAUAUAUUAUAGCUUUAAGUAUGGUAUUAUUUCACGUGAAUGUACCUCAUAAGUAUUACUUAACCUUUAUUAACCAUUACUGAAUGUUUUUUUGGACCCUUAUUGUAAUGUAGCACAUGGGUCCCUUAACUAAAAACUUAUAAAUGCUUCAAUAAACAAACCCUAACCCUACAUAGGCCUAUAUAUUUUCUUAAUUUUACCAAACUAUUAGGUAUUGUCUGGUUAUGCAUUAACCAAUGUUAAUCAACAUAUUACUUAAAAAGGGAUUAUAUGAAUUAGUGUAAUGCUACUUAAACAUUAUUUAUUGUCUUAAAAUGCAUGAACUAAUGCAUUAACUUAAUGCAUUAACUCAUGUUAAUUAAUAUAUUGAUAAAUGUUAGAUAAUGGAUUGGUUUAUUGUCAUGUUACUUAAACAUGAGUUAUUGUCUAAAAAUGCAUUAACUACUGUUAAUUAAGGGACCCUUAUUGUAAAGUGUUACCAAAAGUAUUUUUGCAAUCAGUCCUGUUUAGAUGUUAUACAUCUAUGCACUACUUUCCACAAUUUGCACACAUUCACGUCUGUGUUGUGCUUUGUCUUCUUAAUGUAACUCUCCAGACCACCACAUGAUUAGAGGAAAAUAAAAAGAUGCUGCAAGUGUU